AUGCUCCUUUCUUCCCUCUUACUCGUCUCGCUCACCUGCGCCGCGGCGCAGUCCUCCUCUGAGCCCGCCGCGGCGUCGGCGUCGGCCUCCCCCUCGGCCGCGCCCAACUCGACCGCGGCUGCUGGGAACUCGAUUGGUGAUGGGGCUGCUGUCGGCACUAUGCCCCAUGUCAACUUCACCCGCUCAUACUUCACCUUCCCUGUCGACUUCGUCAUCGACAGCGCGACCUACCCCCCGCCGCCAGGCUCCAACAGCACCAUCAUGCUCGAGCAGACGGUCAAGCUCAAGCUCUUCGCAGAGGGGCAGGACAUCCCCAUAACCUGGACCAGGGCGACGCCGCAGGGCAGCAUCUGGUGCGUCGACAAGAGCUCAUGCAGCUUUGCCGACGACUUGCUCCCGACCAUGCGCUACCCGGCGACCAACCCCGCCUGGCCGGCACUCAAGUACCGCGCGACGUUCAACGAGACGCUCGGCUGGCAGCUCGACCCCGCUACGCUGCUCGGCAACCCCGCGCAGAGGUUCUAUGUCCAGCUGGUUGGCGACGGCAAGGGCCAGCUCGAGAACCACACGCUCAACCACGACGGGCCGAUUUGCAACGAGUGGGCCGCGUCGCCGGCCAAGCCGAGCGCUGCUGCGGCCGUGGUGGCGGCGACCCCGGCGCUGGUCACGGCUGCGGUGCUCUUCGCGGUCCUGGUUUAG